AUGCGUCUUGCCCCGCAGCCAAGCGCGCAACCCUUGCGGCUCAUAGUCCUGCUCCUCCUCACCGCGGGGGUGAACUCAUCCCCGGUGCUCUCUUCGGGCUGCCCAGACAGGUGUGUGUGUGAUGACCAGCUGGUGGUUCAAUGCGCUGGGCAGCACCUCACCACCUUCCCGGUCAACUUGCCGCUGGCCACGCGGCAGCUCAUCAUCUCCAACAACCGCAUCGUGGAGCUGCCGCCGCUCGCGCUCAACUACCUCUCCGAUCUGGUGUACCUGGACUGCAGCAACAACUCCCUGACGGAGAUAUCCGAGUCCACGUUUGGGAAUCUGCGGAAGCUGGCCUACCUGGACCUCUCCUUCAACACCUUGAGCCGGAUCGAGGACAGGACGUUCGGCCCCUUGGCGAGCCUGGUGAUGCUGAGGAUGACGGACAACCCGGGGCUCUCAGAGAUUCACCAGGACGCGUUUGCAGAAAACGCGGCCCUCCAGGUGCUGGAUGUGAGUCGGAACAACCUGACGGUCCUUAACAUCACCUCCCUGAUCGCGCUGCCCGCCCUGCGCUCCGUGGGGCUCAGCGGGAACCCGUGGAGCUGCGAGUGCGACAACGAGGACCUGUGCCUUUGGGUGCACCUGGAGGGCUUCAAGUUCCAAGAUGAGGGCCAGACGGUGUGCGGCUCACCCGCUGACAUGCAGGGCCGUCGUCUGGGUGAGGUGGGCAUCCAGCUACGGACGUUAUGUCACCAGACUCUGGGCUCCUGGGACUACCUUUUCUUCGUCGUCAUCGGCUUUGUCAUCUUUGCUGCCGGCACCGUGUCGGCCUGGGUGAUGGGCGUCAUUAUGGUGCUCUAUGAGCGCUACAUCAAGAAGAAAGACGAUCAGCUGGACGUGGACGAGGACGAGGAAGCCAGUGAGACGGGUCGCACCUCGCGGGCCAGGAGUGACCAUGGCAAUGGGAAUCUGAAAACACCACAUACUGUUUAA